CUGGGCACUGAUUUGCUGGGUCUCUCUCUGCAAAUCUCCACUUUGAUAGUUUCCAACACCUGUGAUUCCGUUUUUGUGAAUGGGAAGGAAAUGAAGAGCAAAGUGGACACGAUCGUGAACUUCACCCACCAGCACUUCACCUCCCAGUUCGAGGUCACUGUCUGGGCGCCCAGGCUUCCCCUGCAGAUUGAGAUCUCAGACACGGAGCUGAGCCAGAUCAAGGGCUGGAGGAUCCCAGUGGCCUCCAACAGAAGGCCCACGCGAGACAGUGAGGAUGAGGAAGAGGAGGAGAAGAAGGGGCGCGGGUGUUCUCUGCAGUACCAACACGCCACGGUGCGCGUCCUCACCCAGUUUGUGGCUGAGUCACCUGACGUAGGCCAGCUGACCUACAUGCUUGGCCCUGACUGGCAGUUCGACAUCACCGACCUGGUUACUGAGUUCAUGAAGGUGGAGGAGUCGAAAGUCGCUCAUUUACAGGACGGCAGGACCCUGGCGGGUCGGGAGCCGGGAAUAACCACUGUGCAGGUGCUCUCACCACUCUCUGACUCCAUCCUGGCUGAGAAGACAGUGAUUGUCCUGGAUGACCGAGUCACCAUCACAGAGCUGGGUGUGCAGCUGGUGGCUGGCGUGUCACUCUCCCUGCACCCUCACAGAGCAGACAAAAGGGCCAUCGUCUCAAUGGCAGCUGCCCAGGACGUCCUUCAGUUCCCUCAGCAGGAAGCAAUAGUUAGUUCUUGGAUUUUGUUCAGUGAUGGCUCGGUGACACCUUUAGACAUUUACGACCCCAAGGAUUAUUCAGUUACUGUCUCAUCAUUGGAUGAAAUGGUGGUGUCUGUCCAGGCCAACCUGGAGUCUAAAUGGCCGGUUGUGGUUGCAGAGGGUGAAGGACAAGGGCCCCUGAUUAAGUUAGAAAUGAUGAUCAGUGAACCGUGCCAGAAGACCAAGAGGAAGAGUAUUCUUGCUGUGGGUAAAGGAAAUGUCAAGGUCAAAUUUGAACCAAGUAUUGACGAGCACCAUGGAGGUACCAAUGACAUCGAGGGCAUAAACCGAGAGUAUAAAGACCACCUCAGUAAUUCCAUAGAACGUGAAGGAAACCAGGAAAGGGCAGUUCAGGAAUGGCCCCACCAUGGUGCAGCUGUUGGCCAAGAGCAAAGUACCAACAAAAGCACAACCCCACAGUCUCCCAUGGAAGGGAAGAACAAGAAGCUACUCAAGAGCGGUGGUCCAGACACCUUCACCAGCUUCCCCACCCAAGGGAAGUUACCGGAGUCCAAUAAUCCCAGUGACCUUACAGUAACCUCAAGGGGGUUAACAGACCUGGAGAUCGGCAUGUAUGCCCUGCUGUGUGUCUUCUGCCUGGCCAUCCUGGUCUUCUUAAUCAACUGUGUGGCAUUUGCGUGGAAAUACCGACACAAAAGGUUUGCUGUGAGCGAGCAAGGCAACAUCCCCCACUCCCACGACUGGGUCUGGCUGGGGAACGAAGUGGAGCUCUUGGAGAACCCCGUUGACAUCACGCUCCCGUCAGAGGAGUGCACAACCAUGAUAGACAGGGGGCUGCAGUUCGAGGAGAGGAACUUCCUUCUGAACGGCAGUUCCCAGAAGACUUUCCAUAGUCAGCUGCUCAGACCUUCUGACUAUGUCUAUGAGAAGGAAAUUAAAAAUGAACCUAUGAAUUCUUCGGGCCCAAAGAGGAAGAGAGUCAAGUUUACUUCCUACACCACCAUCCUCCCGGAGGAUGGCGGCCCGUACACCAACUCCAUCCUGUACGACAGCGAUGAUAACAUCAAGUGGGUCUGCCAAGAUAUGGGGCUGGGCGACUCCCAGGACUUUAGGGACUAUAUGGAAAGACUGCAAGACCAGAUGUAAACUCCUUUCUUAUGUUUGUAUUCACCUUUAUGCCUUCUGUUUUUUGAAUGGUGGAGCAGUGAGGUUGAUCAGCAAUAGGGGAUGAUUUAACAAAGUUCAAUGUGUGGAGGUCUGGUGGGAUCCCUUUCUAAGCGGGCACCAGAGGUGCAGCUGGGCAUUAAGCCAGGAAACGCCUCCAAAACAGCCACACGUAGGGACUGGAAAACUUCUAAGACAACAGUUCUACUGACUGCCUGGUUCUAGCUCAGUGCAAAUAUAACAAACCCGACCCCACAGACAUUGUUAGUCACCUUGCGACAAAUGGCCAUGUGGAAUUAGAAAAGAUUUGGAUGUUAAUUUUUCUAUUCCUAGACCUUUUAAAGCACAGCGGACACUUAUUGCCCUUGGCCUGAGUUUAGACAUACACGAAAGAUGACUGAAUGUAGCUAUCCUUAUUUGUUACGAGCGCUGCUCAUUAUUUUUAUAUACAUUUGCUCCUGCACCCGUUCCUUUGACCUCUGGAAUUCUUUUUGAAACACAGAGAGAAGACGUUUCC